GCCUCCAAAUUUACCAGGGCAUGCAGCAGCUGUCCACUGGCAUGUCAACGGGAGCGUCAGCGCAGUACACAGGGGUUCAGAAGUGAUUCGCUGUGCCUUCAGCUUUGACGGCUCUCCCCUCACUCUCUUUCUCAUCAAGCACCUGCAGCCCCAAGCAUGGCGGACCAGUACGAUUACAACACCAAUGAGGAAAAGAUCAUGAAGGACAGCAACACCAAGGAGAUUGAUCUUAUCAACAGAGACCCCAAACAGAUCAAUGAAGACGUGGUUAAGGUGGAAUUUGAGGAUGUCAUCGCAGAGCCAGACGGCACACACAGUCUGGACGGCGUAUGGAAGCUGAGCUACACCACCUUCACUGUGUCUAAGUACUGGUGUUACCGGAUUCUGUCCGCCCUCUUCGGUAUCCCCGUAGCUCUGAUCUGGGGGUUCCUGUUCGCCUGUAUCUCCUUCUGCCACAUCUGGGCGGUGAUGCCUUGCAUCAAGAGCUGUCUGAUUGAGUCACAGUGUGUUAGCCGCAUUUACUUGCUGUGCAUUCAGACCUUCUGCGAUCCUUUGUUCGAAGCCUUGGGCAAGAUCUUCAGCAGUGUGCGUGUGGCACUGCGCAAGGAAGUCUAAAAACUUACCUGGAAUCUUUUUCUACAUCGCCUCGCCACCUUACAAUGCAACUACACUGUUCACCUGUCUCAUCGUAGAAGGGUCUGGUAUCAUGAGAUUAUCGGAUAUUUUACACACGCAAAAUAGCACAGUAAAAAAAUGAUAUUGUUACGCCACUUUUGGGGCCCAUGUCACCAAACUUUAGUAAUAUUUUGAAGAAAAACUACUGUUAUAAGUUGAACAUUUGCUCAACCUUGCUGCUGAGGGUCCAUUAUUAUGAGACUUUAAAACGAUUUUGUACAUAUAAGUCCAGUUAUUUGUAGAAAAUUGACAUAUUUGCAACAGGUUGCUGCCCCCCACCUUACUGUCAUUUCCAGUAUUUAGUAAGACUUGUCAC